AUGAGCUUCAGCGGCGCCGACGCGCUGCUGGGCGCCUUCGCGCCGCUUCAUGGAGGCGGCAGCUUGCACUACGCGCUGUCUCGCAAGGGCGGCGCGGGCGGAGCGCGCUCCGCAGCCGGCUCCUCCAGCGGAUUCCACUCAUGGGCGCGGACCUCCGUGAGCUCCGUAUCUGCCUCCCCGAGCCGCUUCCGAGGCGCCGGGACCGCCUCCAGCACCGACUCGCUAGACACCCUGAGCAACGGGCCGGAAGGCUGCAUGGUGGUGGCGCGCAGCGAGAAGGAGCAGCUGCAGGCGCUGAACGACCGCUUCGCGGGCUACAUCGACAAGGUGCGGCAGCUCGAGGCGCAUAACCGCAGCCUGGAGGGCGAGGCAGCGGCGCUGCGGCAGCAGCAGGCGGGCCGCGCCGCUAUGGGCGAGCUGUACGAGCGCGAGGUGCGCGAGAUGCGCGGUGCGGUGCUGCGCUUGGGCGCGGCGCGCGGCCAGCUGCGCCUGGAGCAGGAGCACCUGCUGGAGGACAUCGCGCACGUGCGCCAGCGCCUGGACGACGAGGCCCGGCAGCGCGAGGAGGCCGAGGCAGCGACGCGCGCACUGGCCCGCUUUGCGCAGGAGGCCGAGGCGGCGCGCGUCGAGCUGCAGAAGAAGGCGCAAGCCCUGCAGGAAGAGUGCGGCUACCUGCGGCGUCACCACCAGGAGGAGGUGGGCGAGCUGCUCGGCCAGAUCCAGAGCAGCAGCGCAGCGCAGACGCAGGCCGAGGCGCGCGACGCCCUCAAGUGCGACGUGACGUCGGCCCUGCGCGAGAUCCGCGCGCAGCUUGAAGGCCACACGGUGCAGAGCACGCUCCAGUCCGAGGAGUGGUUCCGAGUGAGGCUGGACCGACUGUCAGAGGCAGCCAAGAUGAACACAGACGCCAUGCGCUCAGCACAGGAGGAGAUAUCUGAGUACCGGCGCCAGCUUCAGGCCAGGACCACAGAGUUGGAGACGCUCAAAAGCACCAAGGACUCGCUGGAGAGGCAGCGCUCUGAGCUGGAGGACCGUCACCAGGCUGACAUCGCAUCCUACCAGGAGGCCAUCCAGCAGCUGGAUGCAGAACUCAGGAACACCAAGUGGGAGAUGGCAGCCCAGCUCCGAGAGUACCAGGACCUGCUCAAUGUCAAGAUGGCUCUGGAUAUUGAGAUCGCUGCUUACAGAAAACUCCUGGAGGGUGAGGAGUGUCGGAUUGGCUUUGGCCCAAGUCCUUUCCUCCUUCCAGAAGGACUCCCCAAGAUCCCCUCCGUGUCCACUCACAUCAAAGUCAAAAGUGAAGAGAAGAUCAAGAUGGUAGAAAAGUCAGAGAAGGAAACUGUGAUUGUGGAGGAACAGACAGAGGAGGUCCAAGUGACUGAAGAAGUGACUGAAGAAGAAGAGAAAGAAGCCAAAGAGGAGGAAGGAGAAGAAGCAGUAAAGUCUCCCCCAGCAGAAGAGGCCGCAUCCCCAGAGAAGGAGGAGGCCAAGUCCCCAGCUGAGGUGAAGUCCCCCGUGGAGGCCAAGUCCCCAGAGAAGGCCAAGUCCCCUGUGAAGGAAGAACCCAAAUCCCCAGAGAAGGCCAAGUCCCCCGUGGAGGCCAAGUCCCCAGAGAAGGCCAAGUCCCCUGUGAAGGAAGAAGCCAAAUCCCCAGAGAAGGCCAAGUCCCCAGUGGAGGCCAAGUCCCCAGAGAAGGCCAAGUCCCCUGUGAAGGAGGAGGCCAAGUCCCCAGAGAAGGCCAAGUCCCCAGUGGAGGCCAAGUCCCCAGAGAAGGCCAAGUCCCCCGUGAAGGAGGAGGCCAAGUCCCCAGAGAAGGCCAAGUCCCCAGUGGAGGCCAAGUCCCCAGAGAAAGCCAAGUCCCCCGUGAAGGAGGAGGCCAAGUCCCCAGAGAAGGCCAAGUCCCCAGUGGAGGCCAAGUCUCCAGAGAAGGCCAAGUCCCCCGUGAAGGAGGAGGCCAAGUCCCCAGAGAAGGCCAAGUCUCCAGUGGAGGCCAAGUCUCCAGAGAAGGCCAAGUCCCCAGAGAAGGCCAAGUCUCCUGUGAAAGAGGAGGCCAAGUCCCCAGAGAAGGCCAAGUCUCCUGUGAAGGAGGAGGCCAAGUCUCCAGAGAAGGCCAAGUCCCCCGUGAAGGAGGAGGCCAAGUCCCCAGAGAAGGCCAAGUCUCCAGUGGAGGCCAAGUCUCCAGAGAAGGCCAAGUCCCCAGAGAAGGCCAAGUCUCCUGUGAAAGAGGAGGCCAAGUCCCCAGAGAAGGCCAAGUCCCCUGUGAAGGAGGAGGCCAAGUCCCCAGAGAAAGCCAAGUCCCCAGAGAAGGCCAAGUCCCCUGUGAAGGAGGAGGCCAAGUCCCCAGAGAAGGCCAAGUCCCCUGUGAAGGAGGAGGCCAAGUCCCCAGAGAAGGCCAAGUCUCCUGUGAAGGAGGAGGCCAAGUCCCCAGAGAAGGCCAAGUCCCCUGUGAAGGAGGAGGCCAAGUCCCCAGAGAAGGCCAAGUCCCCAGUGGAGGCCAAGUCCCCAGAGAAGGCCAAGUCCCCUGUGAAGGAGGAGGCCAAGGCUCCUGGGAAGGAGGUCCCAAAGAAGGAAGAGGCCAAGUCCCCUGUGAAAGAGGAAGAAAAACCCCAGGAGGUGAAAGCCAAAGAGCCUCCAAAGAAGGCAGAGGAAGAGAAAGCUCCAGCCACACCCAAAGCAGAGGAAAAGAAGGACAGCAAGAAAGAUGAGGUGCCCACGAAGGAGGCUCCAAAGCCUGAGGAGAAGAAGGAGCCUGCUGUGGAAAAGCCCAAAGAACCCAAAGCUGAAGCCAAGAAGGAAGAGGCUGAAGAUAAGAAAAAAGCAACCACCCCAGAGAAGGAGGCUCCUGCCAAGGGGAAGGAAGAGGCUAAGCCUAAAGAGAAGACUGAGGUGGCCAAGAAGGAACCAGAUGAUGCCAAGGCCAAAGAACCCAGCAAAGCAGCAGAAAAGCCAAAGAAGGAAGAGACGCCGGCAGCACCGGAGAAAAAAGAUGCCAAGGAGGGGAAGGCCGCAGAAGCCAAGAAGCCUGAGGAGAAACCCAAAACAGAAGCCCAAGCCAAGGAACCCGGCAAGGAGACCUCCACACCCGGGAAAGCCAAGGCUGAGAAAUCCUCCAGCACAGACCAGAAAGACAGUAGACCUGCAGAGAAGGCUGCAGAAGAUAAGGCCACCAAGGGAGAGAAGUAA